AAGUCCCAGCAGCUUCGGCUCCGCUCGGCUUUUUUCGUCUUCAUCAGUAUUCUUACCGUGUCCGCGGAGUUGGAACGAUUCUCAGGGACGGAGCCGCAAAGGAGGAGGGCAAGACUCCCGCAUCAUCGCUCACCAGCACCGCGGUCUAACGAGAGCCUCUGCGUUUUAACUCUGUAACAAUUUUAACAUGUGUCGACUCUAUAUUGUGCCCGCUGUUUUGUGAACAGUGCGCGUUUGGUGGAUAAGCAGAAGACGAUGAUUUUGUCGGGGCUCCUCUUCCUCGCGUUAUGGGGACUGGCGCUCGGCGGAUCUCCAAGCGUCCAAAUCGGUGGCCUGUUCCCCAGAGGAGCAGAUCAAGAGUACAGCGCGUUUCGGAUCGGAAUGGUUCAGUUCGGCACGAGCGAAUUCCGCCUCACUCCUCACAUUGAUAACCUGGAGGUGGCUAACAGCUUCGCCAUAACUAAUUGCUUUUGCUCACAGUUUUCUAGAGGAGUGUAUGCCAUCUUUGGCUUCUACGAUAAAAAGUCAGUGAACACCAUCACGUCAUUCUGCGAGACGCUGCACGUGUCCUUCAUCACGCCCAGUUUUCCAGCUGAUGGACUUAACCAGUUUGUUCUGCAGAUGAGGCCUGAUAUCAAAGGGCCUCUCAUCAGUCUGGUGGAGUAUUACAAGUGGGAGAAGUUUGCCUAUCUAUAUGACAGCGACAGAGGUCUGUCUACCCUGCAGGCAGUGCUGGACACAGCGGCAGAGAGGAAAUGGCAGGUAACAGCCAUAAACGUCGGAAACCUGAAGGAUGAGUGGAGAGACGAGGCAUAUCGCUCCCUCUUUCAGGACCUGGAGAACAAGAAAGAGAGGAGAGUCAUUUUAGACUGUGAACAGGACAAAGUCAAGGACAUUAUGGAGCAGGUGAUUACGAUCGGCCGACAUGUGAAAGGAUAUCAUUACAUCAUUGCGAAUUUUGGCUUUGUGGAUGGAGAUUUAUCCAAGAUUCAGUAUGGAGGAGCGAAUGUAUCUGGAUUUCAGAUAGUGGACUUUGAUGACCCUCUUGUUGCUAAAUUUGACCAGCGCUGGGAGGCACUGGAGGAGAAGGAGUACCCUGGAGCAGACAGCAGAAUCAGGUACACUUCCGCUCUCACAUAUGAUGCUGUGCAAGUAAUGACCGAGGCAUUCCGCUUUCUGCAUAAACAACGGAUUGACAUCAGUCGCCGUGGCAACAACGGAGACUGCCUGGCCAAUCCCGCGGUGCCGUGGGCUCAGGGGUUGGAGAUAGAGCGUGCUCUCAAACAGGUGCGUGUGGAUGGAUUGACAGGAAAUAUUCAGUUCGAUCAGUAUGGCAGACGAGUGAAUUACACAGUCAAUGUCAUGGAGCUGAAAAACAGUGGCCCUGUGAAGAUUGGUUACUGGAAUGAGAUGGACAAAAUGGCCGUGACUAAAUCUGACCUUUUCCCCAACGACACCAUGGGAAUGGAGAAUAAAACAGUAGUUGUGACAACAAUCCUGGAGGCACCGUAUGUAAUGCUGAAAAAGAAUUCAGAGUUAUUCACUGAUAAUGAACGAUAUGAGGGAUACUGUGUGGACCUAGCCGCCGAGAUUGCGAAGCAUUGUGGGUUUAAGUAUCAGCUGAGGAUUGUGGCAGAUGGAAAAUACGGCGCACGAGAUGCUGAGACCAAAAUCUGGAAUGGCAUGGUUGGAGAGCUGGUGUAUGGGAAAGCAGACAUAGCUGUAGCUCCUCUUACCAUCACUCUGGUUAGAGAGGAGGUGAUUGACUUCUCGAAACCUUUCAUGAGUCUGGGCAUAUCCAUUAUGAUCAAGAAACCACAGAAAUCCAAGCCGGGUGUCUUCUCUUUCCUGGACCCGUUGGCCUACGAGAUCUGGAUGUGCAUUGUAUUCGCCUACAUCGGAGUUAGCGUCGUGCUCUUCCUUGUUAGCCGCUUCAGCCCUUACGAGUGGCACACUGAGGAGUUUGAGGAUGGGCAGCUGGGCCCUAGCGAGUCUACGAACGAAUUUGGAAUCUUUAAUAGUCUGUGGUUUUCUCUGGGCGCUUUUAUGCAGCAGGGAUGCGAUAUUUCACCAAGGUCGUUGUCUGGCCGUAUAGUUGGUGGUGUGUGGUGGUUUUUCACCCUCAUCAUCAUCUCCUCCUACACGGCUAACCUGGCUGCCUUUCUCACUGUGGAGAGGAUGGUGUCACCUAUCGAGAGUGCUGAAGACCUGGCCAAACAGACUGAUAUCGCAUAUGGGACAUUGGAUGCAGGCUCCACCAAAGAGUUCUUUAGGAGAUCUAAGAUUGCUCUCUUUGACAAGAUGUGGCAGUACAUGAAGAGUGCAGAGCCUUCUGUGUUUGUUAAAAACACGGUGGAAGGUGUUUUGCGUGUCAGAAAAUCCAAAGGCAAAUAUGCUUACCUUCUGGAGUCCACUAUGAAUGAAUACAUCGAGCAACGCAAGCCCUGUGACACCAUGAAGGUCGGAGGAAACCUUGACUCUAAAGGCUACGGCAUCGCUACACCCAAGGGAUCUGCUUUAAGAACGCCAGUAAACCUUGCAGUAUUGAAACUCAGUGAGCAAGGCAUCUUAGACAAGCUGAAAAACAAAUGGUGGUACGAUAAGGGAGAAUGUGGAGCCAAGGACUCUGGAAGUAAGGAGAAGACUAGCGCCCUCAGCCUGAGUAAUGUUGCGGGCGUCUUCUACAUCCUGGUGGGUGGCCUCGGGUUGGCCAUGCUGGUCGCUCUGGUGGAGUUCUGCUACAAGUCUCGCGCGGAGGCCAAACGCAUGAAGGUUGCCAAGACUCAGGCUCUAAAUCCCUCCUCUUCCUCGCAGAAUUCUCAGAAUUUUGCUACUUAUAAGGAAGGGUACAACGUUUAUGGGCUGGAGAGUGUUAAGAUCUAGUGGGAUGACGUUCACAGAUGCUAUGCGCAGUAAGGCCAGGUUGUCUAUAACGGGCAAUACAGGAGAGAACGGGCGAGUG